GAUUGCACGUGGUAUGAAACGCGUUUUUUUUUUUAAUGAAUUGAAUUAAUAGCGGAUGAAUUAACUUGGGAGUUCAUUAAUGUGGUUGGCCGGGUAAUAUAAAAGAGGGGGUUUGGUGGGAAGGUAAAGUCUGCACUCCACCAUUUCCAUAACCAAAAGAAAGAAAGCAGUGGCAAAACAAUCAGUUGAAGAAAAUAUGGAGCGACUGACGGUGACAUCUCUGACGCUCAUUCUGAUGAUUGUUGGUCAAGGAGUCGUAGGUGAUGUUUCUGGUGAAAAGGAGAAGGAUAGGAUCACAGAUCUCCCUGGGCUGCCGGCUGGUACCCGUCUAGAGUUUCAGCAAUACGCCGGUUAUGUGACUCUAUUCGGAGGGAACCAGGUCUUCUACUAUCUGGUGGAGUACGACGGGAGUUCAGCCUCACCGGCCGAAGAAACUUGGCUCAUAAUGUGGUUUUCGGGAGGAAGAGUUUGUUCGUCGGUGGGCAGCGGUGGGAUGCUGUACGCAGGGCCUCUCCGAGUCCAGCUAGAUGGCAGCCUCAAGCUCAACCCAUGGGCUCUUAACAAGGUUGGAAAUGCUGGACGCAGGGCCUCUCCAAAUUGUUUGGGCUCCGAAUUGUUAUGGAAAUAUAUGAUAGUGGGUUGUAAUAUAUGUAGUAAUAUAUACCUCCCGAAAACCAUAUUAUGAGCGGAGUUUCUUCGGCCGGCGAGGAUGAACUCCCAUCGUACUCCACCAGAUAGUAGAAGAUCUGGUUCCCUCCGAAUAGAGUCACGUACCCGGUGUUGGGAGGAAACUUGUCAUUAGCAAGACAAAUUGUGUUAUGCUUGGUAUGGAUGGGUGUUUGUGAAGUUGAGGCUUGUUAUAUUUGAAUUGUCAUAAUGAUGCCUUGUUUGACAAAGCUCACGGGCACUUGAUUAACUUGUUGCGUUAAUUUCAGUGAUCAACUUUGUAAUGGCAUCAUUUGAUAGUAAGUAGUCUAGACUAGUGAACUGAUUAAGAUUGCAGGAAGAGAAGCUUACCUUGUAUGCAGGAUACACAUAAGCUGUGCGAAUGCUACAGGCCGUUCUAAGUUCCAAGUAUCACACUAGGUGCAUCUUUUGCAAUGGCUUGGUGCUUAAGGAGAGUCAUUCAAUGACAACAUCAGCAAGCGAUCGUCAGCUCUGCAUCAACAGGCUGCAAGGAGGACUUUCCUUAGACGGCAGAUUCACAAAUUAGGAGCAUUCAAAGAAAAGGAGAAGCUUACCAUUUCUGAGUGGAUUCAGUAUCUGGUGAACAUGGAAAUACAACUCAAGGCAACGGUCAGAAUAUAGAGUGUAUAAAAAG